GUUAGAUUGGUUGAUUCGAGGAAAGGAAAGAACAACGAUGGUUCCUUCACUCAUCGCAGGGGAAAAUGAUUAAAAAAAGAGGAAUGAGAGGUGACCCGAGACAGAGAGAGGGAGAGAGAUACGAUCGAGAAGACCGCAGCAGGCUAAUAAACACAAAACGCAAACCGUCCCUCAUCUAUUCGAGCGAGGGGACUUCUUCUCCGAUCAGCUGCUAGUGUUACGAGAUCUGCUCUUUCCCCCUAGCCUCCCGUCCCCGGUGUAAACCUCGACAAGAUUCUGGCAGAAAAAUAAAAAGAAAGAGAGUGAAUGGAAGCUCUCAUGGCACUCCCCAUUUGGUUUCUGCUGUCAGUUUCACUCUUAGUGGAUUUAAGUAGUGGAAGGGCAGUAAUAGAAGAAGGCAACGAUAAUGGAAUGAAGUCUGCCACGUUCCUGUCACCAGUGUUUGAGCUAGGACCGGGUUCAGUAGAAAACAAGUAUUACUUCGAUGUCGACUUCCCAAGAGGCCAUAUUGCCAUCAAGAACUUCAAUGCUGAAGUGGUCGACGAUCAAGGGAAUCCCGUCCCUCUUCAUGAAACAUACCUGCACCACUGGGUCAUGAGCAGGUAUUAUCAGCGUGACGAUGAGAAUGGGACUGCUCAAAGUAAGGAACAUGUCUUUGCGAGAAACAGCGGUAUAUGCCAGGGGAACGCCCUUGGGCAGUACUUUGGCCUUGGUUCUGAAACAAGGAGGACGGCAACGCACGUACCCGACCCGUAUGGAAUAGAAGUAGGGAAUCCUCCUGCUGGGUUUCAGGAGAAGUGGAUGCUCAAUGUGCAUGCUAUAGACACAAGGGGCGCAGAAGACAGGUUAGGCUGCACCGAAUGCAGAUGUGACCUCUACAAUGUCACUUUAGAUGAAUAUGGCCGACCCCUGAGGCCUGAUUACAAGGGAGGCUUGCACUGUUGCUAUGACCAUACCCAGUGUCGAACUGCACAAGGCUUCCAUCGCACCAGACGGAAGCUUUUCCUCAGAUACACAGUAGUCUGGCUUGACUGGAAUAUCUCAUCCAUCAUUCCUGUCAGGAUUUACAUAUUUGAUGUCACGGAUACCUGGAAAAGACCAGUGAAUGAUUCAACCGAACCGCUUGCAGCACAUGAGUGCCGAGUUGAAUACGAAAUUAAGGCUUGCAGCAGUAAUAUCGAGGCUCAUGGCAGUUGCAUUGAGACAAAAAAGACUAGCCUCAGCCUGCCUGAUGGUGGCUAUGUCAUAUAUGGUGUUGCCCAUCAGCAUUCAGGGGGUCUUGGAUCAAAUCUUUACGGACAGGAUGGACGUCUCAUAUGCUCUUCAGUACCAACGUACGGUAAAGGGAAAGAAGCAGGAAAUGAGACUGGUUAUAUUGUAGGGAUGUCGACAUGUUAUCCUCAACCUGGAUCAGUCAAGAUAGCCGAUGGGGAAACUCUCGUUCUGGAAUCCAACUACAGCAGCUCUCAAGGCCACACAGGAGUUAUGGGUCUUUUCUACAUAUUGGUCGCAGAUCACCUGCCAAGUUCCUUACCUUAUUCACAAAGCCCUGUUCAGGUCCAGAGCCAAUGACUAUUAGGUCUAAUUCGCUGGAGUGGUGGCUUUUGGUCGGGGUAGCAGAAAUGCCAUCUUGGCUUACAGGGUCCAUCUCUUGCCAUGUGAAGUGGACUUACAUAUCACUACUUGUAAGCUACUGUGUUCUAGAGAUGAUAUAAUAAGGGAAAAUCACAUCAUAUCUCAUGAUGAGAACUUGUUUCAUAAUGGCUUGUACUUGGUGAACAAUAGUUUGGUUUUCCGAACUAUAUUGUUGGUAGUAUCAAAGAGUGUAUUGUAACUGAAAUGGUAUGGAAAAAAUAGAUAUCUAUACAAAUUUAUGAUGUUUUGUAAUA